AUGGACUUGCCCCGUCAAUGUUCGGAAGACUCAUUUUUACUGAAAGAUGACCAAAGUGAACAAUUUUUAUUAUCAUUGACCAAUAAUAGGGUUUUGGCGUCAGAACUUCUUUUAUAUUCUCCUGGGGUCAUCUCAGACAAGCUAAAUAAAACUGAAAAUGAAAUAAAUGAGUUCGUUUGGAAAUAUAAAAACGAAACAUUAGCUAGGAUAAAACGUUCUUUAAGACACCCUUUUGAUCCAGAAAGUAGUGAAAUACGGCCAGACCAUUUCACCAUUGGAGAUGAAUCUAUUGAUAAAAAACUCAAUGGUGGAAUACCAGUAGGGUAUUUGAUCGAAGUCUCGGGCAAAUCAUCUUGUGGGAAAACAAACCUUCUAUUGACAUUGUCAAUUACUAUCCAGUUACCUAAGGAGUUUGGUGGAUUGGGCCCUUCCGUAUUUUCUUCUGAUCAUGCAAGUACCCAACUUGAUAAUGUAAAAACAUUAUAUGUUCCAACCGAGUCACCAUUACCCAGUCAAAGAUUAAAGCAAAUAGUUGAUAAUUACGCCGAGCUACUACAAACAAAUGGCAUUUCCAAAGAAAGAGCUGAUUUAUUUCCUAAAUUAGACAAUGUUUUGACAACAUCUAGUGUAAUGUCAACCCUAGACGAGCAAGACCAUAUUUUGCAAUACCAAAUUCCCGCCAUGUUAUCUAGAGACCCUUCUAUCAAAUUACUAAUUAUAGACUCUAUGACGCAUCAUCUCAGAGUGCAGUUGCCUUGGAAAGAGCAAUCAAGGUAUGUGAGAAAAACAUGCAGAUAUUUGAAAACAUUGGCACGAAAGUAUAGCAUAACUAUAAUAAUUUCCAACCAAGUUACAGAUAAACCAGUGAAAGGUCUUUUAACUGGUGAAAAUGAUAUUUUAUGGAAGUUGAAUACAGAGUAUCAACAGGCUUGGAUGUCAGGUUGGGAUAAUAUUGGGAUUAUCUAUCGACAACUAAUGAAAAGGGAGGGAAUUAUCGAUGAGGCUGGGGAGAGCUUCGAAAGACUUGAUUAUCUAGAUGAAAUCAGUAGUGCUGAUAAGUUCAGCCAAAUAACAAAUGAUUCCAUGACUGAUUCUACUGGCUCUACCCAGCAAACUCAGAAACAAAGCUUGAAAAGUGUACUUAGACUCGAAAGGAAGCAGCUAUUUGACAGCAGCUAUAAAGUUAAAGUCAGCGGAAUUGGAACCAGACCUGCGUUGGGGUUAACACUACUUGAAAACAUAGAUAUGAGGAUUGUUUUAAGCAAAGAAUAUGCUCCUAUCUUGAACGAGAAUCUGAUUGAUGAGUUUAGUGUCGAAUUAGGUAUCGACUCUUUUAAUGAUUCUUGCGGAACGAGUCAUGAAAAUAACAGUAUUUCAAAUACAAACUACUUAGAGACUACUACACAAAACAAGCAAAACGAAAACUUGAUUGAUAAAAAACAACUGGUAGAGUCUUUGGCAAAUAAUACCUACUUAAAGAACUAUAAUUUUGAAACAUUUAGGACAAUACGUUGUGUGUUUGGUCCACUGAUACCCCCAGGUGAAACAAAAUCAAUAGAAUUUGAAAUUUGGAAGGGAGGCUUGAGGAAAUAUGUUCGAUGA